UUUCUGGCCAAAUAGAAUAGUUCCCAGUUUUUGGACAUUUUAAGCUGGCCACACUGGAAUGCAACCUGAAGAUGUGCAAAUUAAAUAAUAACAAAUUAAAUGAAUGAGUUUGGAGGUGUCCUUAGAGUGCAGUAAAAUAAUUCGCUUAUUUUUAAUUAAUGGUGUUUUAAGUGAUUUCAGGUAGAGCAACGAGUUCCUUGGGCUGCGGCUGCUGCUGCUGUUGCUUGGGCGCACUUCUGGGCAACGCAUUGUCGCCGCCGACCGCAAAGCUGGGCAAAAUUAUGAACUUGUGCUCCUCGGGUGCAACGGCAUCGACCACAUCGUUAUCGUCCACGGGUCAGGCGGAAAGGAGCGGCGGAGGCGGCGUAGCAGGUGGAGGAGGCAUCAGUAACGGAGGCGGAGGAGGAGGUGGAGUGACUGGAAGCGGCGGCGGCGGCGGCGGCAACACUAGCGACGGGCUCUCUGAAGCCACACACUGCUUUGGUGGUAGCGGAGGAGGUGCAACAGCCUCUGGUCCCGAGGAAACUAUCAACGCCAUCAGCCCGGCCAACGGAGGAGGUGCCAGUGGUGCACAGCAACCGUCUGGAAGCAACGGCCAACUACACAACGAAAACAACGCAAUCAUGCCGCCCGAAACGCGUCCCAAAAUGGUGACGGUCAAGCACCCGGAGUCCAACAAGCCCAAGCCCACCACUAAAAAGAGCAAACCCAUCCAGGCGGAUCAGGACGUGAUCAAGGCGCUUCAGCGGUGUCGCGAUGAAGGAAUCAAACGUCUUGACUUGAGCAAAUCUUCCAUCACAGUAAUUCCCAGCACAGUGAAGGAUUGCGUGCAGAUCACGGAGCUGUAUCUUUACAGCAACAAGAUAGGUCAGCUGCCUCCGGAGAUUGGGUGUCUGGUGAACCUACGCAACCUGGCGCUGAACGAGAACUCGCUGACUUCUCUGCCCGAGUCGCUGCAGAACUGCAACCAGCUGAAGGUUCUGGAUCUGCGGCACAAUAAGCUGGCCGAGAUCCCGCCAGUGAUUUAUAGACUGCGCAGCCUAACAACGCUUUACCUGCGCUUCAAUCGCAUCACUGCCGUAGCGGACGAUCUUCGUCAGCUCGUCAACCUGACCAUGUUGAGUCUUCGGGAGAAUAAGAUCCGGGAGCUGGGCAGCGCUAUCGGGGCUUUGGUGAACCUCACCACGCUGGACGUGUCACACAAUCAUCUGGAGCACCUGCCCGAGGACAUUGGCAAUUGCGUUAACCUCAGUGCCCUCGAUCUGCAACACAACGAGCUUCUGGACAUCCCGGACAGCAUUGGCAACCUCAAGUCGCUAGUUCGACUGGGAAUGAGAUACAAUCGGCUGACCAGCGUCCCUGCCACUUUGAAAAACUGCAAAUGCAUGGACGAAUUCAACGUGGAGGGCAAUGGAAUUACACAGCUACCGGAUGGGAUGCUGGCCAGCUUAAGCGGACUCACCACCAUUACUCUCUCGAGAAACCAGUUCACCAGCUAUCCCACUGGCGGCCCGGCUCAGUUCACGAAUGUUUACAGCAUUAAUUUGGAGCACAACCGCAUAGACAAAAUCCCGUACGGAAUAUUUUCGCGAGCCAAAGGUCUGACUAAGCUAAACAUGAAGGAGAACAUGCUGACGGCCCUGCCACUGGACAUCGGUACCUGGGUGAACAUGGUGGAGCUGAACCUCGCCACAAAUGCACUACAAAAGCUGCCCGACGACAUUAUGAACCUUCAGAACCUUGAGAUACUCAUCCUAUCCAACAACAUGCUCAAGAAAAUCCCGAACACCAUAGGUAAUCUGCGACGGCUAAGGAUCCUUGACUUGGAAGAGAACCGCAUCGAAACCCUACCCCAUGAGAUUGGGCUGUUGCACGAACUCCAACGACUCAUCCUUCAAACCAACCAGAUCACAAUGCUGCCAAGGAGCAUCGGCCAUCUGGGAAACUUAACGCAUUUGUCCGUUAGCGAAAAUAAUCUGCAAUUCCUGCCCGAGGAGAUCGGAUCGCUGGAGAGCCUGGAGAACCUGUAUAUCAAUCAGAACCCCGGACUGGAGAAGCUGCCCUUCGAGCUAGCCCUGUGCCAGAAUUUAAAGUAUCUUAACAUCGACAAGUGCCCGCUGAGCACGAUUCCGCCGGAGAUUCAAGCAGGCGGUCCAUCGCUGGUGCUGCAAUGGCUCAAGAUGCAUUCACCUUAUAGGCAAAUGUGAGAUGUAGACGGCGUCUGGCGCACCGUGUAUGUGGGCAGCGACUGCUAUUACCAGUACGAGCUACAAACGGUGAGCCAGGCGCCGGGAGGAGCAGCCUCCGGAUCCGGGGGGUCCAGGAGCGGCGAACGUCGCUAACGGUGCGAUCUCAGCUAACGGGCAAGAGAUCCCUUCCCCAUUCCCAAUCCCAAUCCUUCAAGGGAUAUGCCACAUUAAAAAGGGAUUUUUUUUACUAUGCAUUUUUGCUUUAAAUAUGUACAUAAAAAUAUUAGUUUUUUUUAUGAACUAUUUCUUAAAAGUUAAAAGUUAAACAUAAAGAAGGAUGCCAUUUUAUACAUAACAAACUUAUUUUAAUGUUCCAUUUUAAAGUCGACUAUUAAUAUUUUCAUUAUACAUAUACUUUUUUUUUACUUUUCAAUGUGGCUUAUCCCUUUUAACCGACUGGAGUGCGUUGGCUGACAAAUCCAUAGCUUUAAAAUGUUAUACCAAUGUCCCGCGUAUCGUAAACUGCCCCAUUUUGCUUUUCCUUUUUGUGUUCAAGUCCAGUUCAGAGUCCACAUUAUAGGUUCUAAUUUAACUCAAUGCUUCCAAGCUAGUCAAAAAUGUAACACGCGAAAAAACGAAAGUAAAUUGAAAGCUUUAAGGUGUAAACCUUUUAUUUGAUCUUUGGUCAUGGAGAAAGCUAAAUCUAAUGUUCAAAACUACACAACAAAAUACGCAAGCGCCAAGGAAUUGUUUCAAAACAAAAAAAAUGUUAAAAAAAAAAAAACAAAAAAAUGGUUAAGAACUUAUUAAACUGUGUACACAUAAAUCGUAGAUGUAUUUUGUAUAAGCAAGCGCAAACGAUCACUAUCCAAAAACCCUGUAAUUUAUCUGAGUAAGCAAGGAAUACCAGAAAUUUUUGUAGCGUCCGCAGGCAAAGCUAUAUACACGCAUAUUUGUGUGAGAAUCAUAGGUGGACUUUCCGAGACGUAGCUAAAGCAGCAUUUUGUACACUAGUAUAAGCAUAAGAAAACCAAGUAUCGUAAGAAGGCCGAAUGCAAGUUUGGCAUUCAGGUGUUAAGCUAGCGAAUAACAAUGUUGUAUACUUGAUCAUUUUAAUGUGCGUACUUUGUUUGAUGGAAUGUAAUAGAUGAUUUCGAUGCAUUUAGUUAUCAUUACUUAAUCAACGAUAGGUGUAUGGCGUGCAAAAUAAGUAAAAAAAAAAAAAGAGUAAAUAUUUAAUAU